AUGUCCCUGUUGAACCUCAACCGGGGCCCGGGUGCCCCGCCCCUGGGAGCGGCGAACCCCUACUACAUGAAUAACCCAACGCUGCCAGUGGGGAUGUACGCCCCGCUGCUGGCGCACUACUCCGACACUCCUCAAAAGAAGCGGGCGGCCCUGGUGAGCUACACUCCCACGUUCUCGUUCCCGCCGCCCGCCAACAGUUUUAACUACCCGCAGGAUUCCAUGAUCACUCGCCGGGUGUGGGUGAAGACGGCCACGGGGCCUGGUGCCCCCACCACCAUCAUUGUCCACGAUUUUGAUAUUGUCGACGACUUGAAAUUGGCAGUGAUCAACAAGUUUCCCAACACGUUGGGCCGCUACUUUGACCCCGCCGACAUCACCAUCAAGCUCGACUUCAGCUCGCGCCACCACAAGCGGGAAGACACCCCCAACCUGGUGCUGCCCGACGGUAAGACGCCUCAGAGCCCUCAGGUGGGUAAGCCGCCGACGCAGCUGUAUCGCUACAUAAACUUGGAACCUGACCAAAACGUAUUUCUGAUUUUGGAUACUUACUACCCUAACGGCAUGGCCAUGCCCGACGCGUUUAUCAUUGAGGUGUCGUCGUUGGAUGCCCCGCAACCAGCACCUCCCGCCCCCAAGCUGGCGGCGGCGGCGGUGUUUUACCAUCAAAACAAACCCCCAUUCCACUCGCCUCAACCACAGCACGUCAAACUGCCUCAGUUCGCCACCCUGCCUCAGCACCGGCUCUCGCCAAUCCCUACUAAUCCUAAUGCUCCCGAGAGUCGAGGACUGCCAACAAACCCCCGCCACUCACCUAUGCUGGCACCACCACAACACCUGGUGGGACAUCGCCGCUCGCAAUCCAUCCCCCCACAAUCACCCGCUCUGCUGCUGCUGGCAGUGUUAUUACUCCCGAGAAACUUCUCCUUGAAUUCUUCUAAUGAGCCGACUAAGCGACCGGAGUCGGGGAAAAUCGAUGCCAAGCAAGACCUGCCUCGACCUGAGGCGUUUCCUCAAAACGAAAGCUUCGAUAAGCUGGGCAAACCGCUACCCAAAGAGCCACCCGGAUCGCCGCGUCCUCUGUCACCGAUGCCAUCUUCUGAAGAUGCAAAGCUCUUGGAUGCUCAACGUGGCGCACCUCCGCUUUCACUGCCACUGAGUACUCCAACUCUGCUGAAACACCUGCUGAAGGAGCUGGUGGCGUCGCAACCGGUUCGCCCUAAUUCAACUAAAACUCAUUCGCAAAAGGCAAUAACGUCAAAGUCUCUUUCAAACAAGGAUAAAGUAUUGCCAUCAAUUCUGGUAUUAGUGGUGGAAGACAACGCCAUUAAUCAGGCUAUUUUGGGUGCAUUUUUGCGGAAGCACAAGAUACAUUACCAAAUUGCUAAGAACGGUCAGGAAGCCAUUGACAAGUGGCGCAAAGGUGGUUUCCAUUUGGUGCUUAUGGAUAUUCAGCUUCCCGUGAAGCUGGGUAUCGAAGCAACUAAGGAAAUCCGUCGUCUCGAGAAGAUCAACCGCAUCGGUGUGUUUGCUCAAGAUGUUAGCAGCCACAAAACCGAAGUUAAAGAUGAAGAACGUCUCGAUCUUUCACGCUUCCGGUCACCGGUAAUCAUUGUCGCGUUGACGGCGUCGCUGAACUCCUCGGUCGAUCGACAAAAUGCCUUGAUGGCAGGGUGUAACGAUUUCUUGACCAAGCCCGUAAACUUGGUGUGGUUGCAGAAUAAAAUCACCGAAUGGGGGUGCAUGCAAGCCCUUAUUGACUUCGACUGGUGGAAAUCUAAGCGGAGACAGAUUAAGACAGAAGCAAAGAAGUGA